ACGAGAAGAAGUGGAAAGAGUCGCGGAGAGGGAAGUCCACGUAGUUACCAUGCAGACAUUCGUACCUUACAAACUACAUGAAAAACCGCCAAAUCCACGCCGUUAAUGAGGCAAUAGGUGGUUUGGUAGAGAACACGGUACGAAAAUGGGGAAAUACUUGACUUCACUGCUCGUGCUGCUCCUGCAGCUCCUCUGCGGCUGCACAGGGAACCAAAGGACGGAGAAGGCAUCGGUCCCGCAGUUCACUCACUCUGUUUACAAUGCCACCAUAUACGAGAACUCUGCUGCUAAGACCUACUUAGAGAGUCAUGCCAAGAUGGGCAUCUACAUCACAGACCCCACCUGGGAGAUACGGUACAAAAUAGUGUCAGGAGACAAUGAGAACCUUUUCAAAGCAGAGGACUACAUCCUGGGAGACUUUAGUUUCCUGAGGAUAAGGACCAAAGGAGGCAGCACUGCCAUUCUGAACCGGGAGGUCAAAGACCACUACUUGCUCACUGUCAAAGCCGUGGAGAGGGGCACCAACGUGGAGGCUCGCACCCGAGUCAAGGUCCAGGUCCAGGACACCAACGAUCUGAGGCCUCUGUUCUCUCCCACCUCCUACAGCGUCUCGCUGCUCGAGAACACGGCCCUACGGACCAGUGUGGCCAAGGUCACAGCCACGGACGCCGACAUUGGGACGAACGGGGAGUACUACUACAGCUUCCGGGAGUGGACAGAUAUGUUCGCCGUCCACCCCACAAGCGGGGUGGUGACGCUGACGGGCAAGCUGGAUCACGCUGAGACCAAGCUGUAUGACCUGGAGAUCCUGGCCGUGGACCGAGGCAUGAAGCUCUACGGCAGCAGCGGCUUCAGUAGCAUGGCCAAGCUGACGGUGAGGGUGGAGCAGGCCAACGAGCACGCGCCUGUCAUCACCGCCGUCACCCUGGCGCCCUCGGGCACUGACCGCGACCCUACCUAUGCCAUAGUGACCGUUGAGGACAACGACCAGGGACCAAAUGGGGAGAUUGCGUCGUUGAGCGUGGUGGCGGGCGACCCCCUCCAGCAGUUUAAGGCCCUGAGAACUAGUCCCGGGAGCAAGGAGUACAAAAUCAAAGCGGUCAAGGAUGUAGACUGGGACACCCAGACUUUCGGAUACAACCUCACGUUACAGGCCAAGGACAAAGGAAGUCCCCCACAGUUUUCUUCAGCGAAAGUGGUACAUGUAACAUCCCCACAGUUUAAAGUGGGCCCCCCUAAAUUCGAACGUGCUGUUUAUAGGGUCAAUCUCAGUGAGUUUGCCCCUCUCCAUACACCUGUUGCCAUGGUAACUGCCUUGCCAAAGUAUCCACAGUUGAAGUAUGCUUUCAGAUAUAAGGCAGAGAAGAAUCGUUUUGCUAUUAAUCCAGACACUGGCUUAAUCACCACAACUGGCCCCAUCUAUGCGGAUUAUGCCACACAAUUUGAACUACAAGUUAUUACCAUUGACAAAAAGGCAGCGACUAAGGUUAUCAUUGACAUUAUAGAUGUUAACAAUAAUGCCCCUGAGUUCCAACGGACCUCGUACAAGGCCACUGUGGAUGAGAAUGUACCCGUAGGGACCAAUGUGUUAGCAGUGAAAGCCACUGAUCUGGACAGUGGCGAGAACGGAUAUGUGACGUACAGCAUUGCCAACGUGAGCCCGCAGCCGUUUGUCAUCGACUACUUCUCUGGUGUCAUCAGCACCUCAGAGGAGCUGGAUUAUGAGCUGAUGCCAAGGAUUUACAAUCUCAAAAUUAGGGCUUCAGACUGGGGUACCCCUUUCCGACGGGAGGUGGAGGCAUCAGUUACUGUCACACUGAAUAACCUGAAUGACAAUAAGCCUCUAUUCGAAAACGUCGACUGUGAAGUCACGGUGCCUAGAGACCAUGGCGUGGGAGAGCAGAUAACGACGGUGUCUGCUAUUGACGCAGACGAAUUGCAGCUAGUGCGGUACGACAUAAAAGCUGGGAAUGAUCUUGAUCUCUUUGAGUUGAACUCCAACUCGGGUGUGCUUUCUUUGAAACGAACACUGAGCGAGGGGGAGGCAGCUAAAGUGUCCUUCCAUAGCUUACACAUAAGAGCCAGUGAUGGAGAGCAUGAGACUGAACCGAUGACUAUGAACAUCACUGUCAUCACAGCUCGCAAGCCUGUCCAACUGAAGUGCGUCGACACUGGGGUUGCUACCAUGUUGGCAGAAAAGCUGCUUCAUGGCACUAAGAUCCAAGCCCCAACUGAGCCCGACGAUAACUUCAUGGACAUCCAUUCGGUUAACCGCUACUCCCCUCAGUUUGCAGAGUCCUUCCCCAGUGUCAUUGAGGUCAAAGAGGACCUUCCGAUUGGGGCUAGGGUAGUCCAUCUAAGCGCCUCAGACACAGACAGUGGUUUUAACGGAAAACUGGUGUACGUUAUUUCAGGAGGAGAUACAGAGAGUCGUUUCAUUGUAGAUAUGAACACCGGUUGGCUUUUGGUUCACACUCCACUGGACAGGGAAACGACGGACCACUACACACUGAACGUCACAGUCUACGAUCUAGGAAUACCCCAGAAGUCCUCCUCCCGUCUUUUAGACGUUAAGAUCUUGGAUGCUAACGAUAACAGUCCGCAGUUCUUGCAAGACUCAUAUUCGUUGGAAAUAAGUGAAAACACACCAGUGGGGACUGAAAUCGUCCAGGUGGAUUCCACCGAUAAGGACCAGGGAGAUAACGGAGUAAUCAGGUAUUCAAUUGUGGCCAACACUGACCAGUUUGCCAUUGACGAGCUGACUGGAGUAGUGACUGUGAAAAAGCCGCUGGAUCGCGAGGUGCACCCGGUUUACAUUCUGAAGAUUGCUGCACGUGACCAGGCCGUUAAUGAACCUCAACUCGUGUCUACAGUGUUGCUAAAGGUCAUUCUCGAGGACGUCAAUGACAAUCCUCCCAAAUUCAUCCCGUCAAAUUACGGCGUGAAGGUGAGGGAGGACCUCCCGAUCGGCACUGUGAUUAUGUGGCUGGAGGCUCACGACCCGGAUGUCGGGCUGUUCAGUCAGGUACGGUACAGCCUCAUCGAUAACGGGGAUGGCAACUUCGAUGUGGACAAAGUCAGCGGCGCGGUACGCAUCCUGCAGAAUCUGGAUUACGAGAAAAAGCAGGUGUACAACCUCACGGUGAAAGCCAAGGACAAAGGGAAGCCCAUUUCCUUAUCGUCAACAUGCUUUAUUGAGGUGGAUGUAGUGGACGUAAAUGAGAAUCUGUAUCGCCCGUGGUUCCCCUCGUUUGUGGAUAAGGGAUUUAUAAAAGAGGACGUCCUCAUUGGGACAUCCGUAAUGAAAGUAACGGCUCAGGACGAAGACAAAGGAAGAGACGGAGAAAUACACUACUCCAUACGGGACGGUUCUGGCCUAGGGAUAUUCACCAUUGAUGAAGAGACUGGGGUCAUCAGAACCCAGGAACUCCUGGACCACGAGACCACCCCGCACUACUGGCUGACUGUGUACGCCACGGACGGCGGCGUGGUGCCCCUCUCGGCCUUCGUGGAGGUCUACGUGGAGGUCCAGGACGUCAACGACAAUGCGCCGCAGACCUCUGAGCCCGUCUACUACCCGUCGGUUGCGGAGAACUCGCCCAAGGACGUGUCCAUCAUCCAGAUCGAGGCGGUGGACCCAGACGCCCGGGCCGGCGACAAGCUCUCCUACAAGAUCACCAGUGGCAACCCGCAGGGAUUUUUCGCCAUCAACUCCAAGAUGGGUCUUGUUACAACUACCUCGAGGAAGCUGGAUCGAGAACAGCAGGAUGAGCACAUUCUUGAGAUCACCGUCACCGACCACGGGGUUCCCGCCAAAUCCACCACGGUCCGUGUCAUCGUCAAAGUCCUGGACGAGAACGACAAUCGGCCACAGUUCCUGGAGAAGAUCUACAAGAUCAAGCUUCCAGAACGGGAAAAAACGGAAAAGGACCGGGCUCUGAAGCGGGAUCCCGUGUACCGGGUGAUCGCCUCGGACCGCGAUGAGGGUGCCAACUCGGAGAUCUCGUAUUCCAUCGAGGAGGGAGAUGAGCACGGGAAGUUCUUCAUCGAGCCAAAGACAGGUCUGGUGUCAUCCAAGAAGUUCUCCUCCGCCGGGGAGUAUGACAUCCUCACCAUCAAAGCGGUGGACAACGGGCGACCCCAGAAGUCGUCCACCUGCCGGCUGCACAUCGAGUGGAUCCCCAAGCCGGAGGUGGCGGCCAGCGCCCCCCCACUGGCCUUUGAGGAGCCCCCCUUUUUCUUCUCAGUGAUGGAGAGCGACCCCGUGGCGCACAUGGUGGGGGUCAUCACCACGGAGACGUCGGACACGCCAGUCUGGUUCGAGAUCACAGGUGGGAACUACGACAGCCGCUUUGACGUGGGCAAGGCCAGCGGGACCCUGAUUGUGGCGAGGCCCCUCGACGCCGAGCAGAAAUCCAAUUACAACCUGACAGUGGCGGCAACGGACGGGACGCGAUUUGUCAGCACCCAGGUGCUGAUCCGUGUCAUCGAUACCAACAACCACCGGCCCCAGUUCUCCCAGCCACGCUAUGAGGUGGUUGUGGCCGAGGACACGCCGCCAGAGACCGAGGUGCUCCGGAUCGGUGCCACGGACGAAGACGAUAAGAACAAGUUGACCUUUACCCUCUUGAGCAGCACCGACCCCUUAAGUCUGAAGAAGUUCCGUCUGGACCCGGGAACCGGUGCCCUCUACACGGCCGAGCGGCUUGACCACGAGACCAUGCGGCGCCACACUCUCACCGUUAUGGUACGUGACCAGGACAUCCCUGUCAAGAGGAACCUGGUGCGCGUCAUCGUGGACGUGGCGGACACCAACGACAACGCGCCGUGGUUCGCGGGCUCGCCCUACUCCGGGCGCGUCUUCGAGUCGGCCGCCUUGGGCUCGGCAGUCCUCCAGGUCACAGCCCUGGACAAAGACAAGGGACAGAAUGCAGAGGUCAUCUACAGCAUCGAGUCAGGAAAUGUUGCAAACUCAUUUGCCAUUGAUCCGGUGCUGGGCACUGUUACCGUGGCUAAGGAGCUGGACCGAAGCAGCAAUAACCAGUUUGAACUAGCUGUGAAGGCAACCGACAAAGGAACCCCUUCGCUGACUGCAACCGCCACCGUCCACAUCGCUGUCACCGUGUCGGACAAUGCCACUCCCAGAUUUACUGCCAAGGAGUUCUCUGCAGAGGUCAGCGAAUUGGCCCUCCCCGGAAGUUUUGUAACCAUGAUCACAGCAACCAGCCAGUCCUCUGUGUUCUACCAAAUCAAAGGUGGAAACACUGAUGGCGCAUUUGAUGUAAACCCAAACUCCGGUGUGGUUGUAACUUCAAGGUCUUUGGACUAUGAAAUGACCCCUGAGUACAGACUGACCAUCCAGGGAACCAACAUGGCGGGUCUUGCUAGCAACACCACUCUGCUGAUUCACCUGAAGGACGAGAACGAUAAUGCCCCCAUCUUCCUCCAGCCAGAGUUCACAGGCAUGAUUAGCGAAUUGGCUCCCAUCAACAGUGUGGUCUUGACCAGAGAAAACACCCCGCUGGUCAUCCGCGCUUCGGAUGCUGACCGCGAUGCCAACGCCAUGCUGGUCUAUCAGAUCGUCGAGCCAUUCGCUCACAACUACUUUGCCAUCGAUUCCAGUACGGGAGCCAUUAGAAUGACAACCACUCUGGAUUACGAACAAAGGAGUGUAUUCCGCUUCACCAUUCAGGUCCAUGACCUCGGAAUUCCGCGUCUGUUCGCCGAGACAGCCGCCAACGUGACCGUCGAAGUCAUCGAUGUCAACGACUGCUCGCCGCAGUUCAGCCAGGAGCUCUACGAGACAUCAGUGAUCGUGCCGACUUACAAAGGUGUCGAGGUAAUCAAAGUCAGCGCAUCAGACGCCGACUCCGGACCAAACUCUAAACUCUUCUUCUCCAUCUCAGAGGGGAACAUCGGGGAGAAAUUCAAGAUGGAUUCCAACACAGGCAUCAUCACUAUCCAGAACGUCACCCAGCUAAGAAGCAGGUACGAGCUCAGGGUGAGGGUCUCGGAUGGCAGGUUCGCCAACACAGCAUCAAUAAAGAUAGACAUCCGUGAGAACAAGGAGAGCAGCCUGAAGUUCACUAGGGACUCCUACAAGGCUUACGUCACAGAGAACUCCUCUGAGAAGAAAACAUUAGCGGUCAUUGCCGCUGUGGGGAACCACAUCAACGAACCCCUCUUCUACACCGUCCUGAACCCAGACAAGAGGUUCCAAAUCAGCCACACUUCCGGAGUGCUCUCCACCACAGGGAUACCUUUCGAUCGUGAGGCGCAGGACACGUUCGACCUCGUCGUGGAGGUGACCAGGGAGGACGCUUCUGCCGAAGUGGCCCACGUUCUGGUGACGGUGAUCGUAGAAGAUGUGAACGACAACCAGCCCAUGUUUGUCAACCUGCCCUAUCAAGCCUUGGUCCAGGUGGACGCAGAGGAGGGUCAGGCCAUCCGUCAGGUGACAGCAGUUGACGGGGACAUGGGUCAAAAUGCUGAAAUCCAUUACCACCUGAAAGAACACCACAAGCACUUCCAGAUAAGCCCCUCGGGAGAAAUCUCCCUCAAACAACAGUUAGACAAAGACUCCCUCAACAGUGAGUUUGUCAUCAACGUUGUGGCCAAAGAUGCAGGAGAACCAGCCCUCUCGGCAGAAGUGGAAGUGCCCAUAACUAUAGUAAACAAAGCCAUGCCCGUGUUUGAGAAGGCAUUCUACAGCAUCGAAAUCCCUGAAAAUAUCCAGUUACACACACCUGUAGUUCACGUCCAGGCUACUGACUCUGAAGGCCCCAAGAUAGUAUACACCAUCUCUGAGGGAGAUGCCUUCAGUCAGUUUUCCAUCAAUUUCAACACAGGUGUCGUACAUGUAAUUCAACCUCUAGAUUUCGAGGCCCACCCCGCUUAUAAAUUGAGUGUCCGAGCCACAGACUCACUGACUGGGGCCCACGCUGAUGUCUUUGUCGAUAUCAUUCUGGAAGACGUCAACGAUAAUCCCCCUGUCUUCCAACUAAAGUCCUACAACGCAAAUGUUUCUGAAGCUUCCUUCAUCGGCACUGCAGUUUUGCAAGUUGCUGCCACUGACUCCGACACUGGCAACAACAAAAUGCUCUUCUACCAGUUAGUUGAGGACAAGGAAAAGAGCUCGGACUACUUCAGCAUUGACCGUGACUUGGGAAUCAUCUGGACUGCUCGCAUGCUCGACCAGGAGGAAAAGCAGCAACACAAACUGACUGUCCGCGCAGUGGACGGAGGAGUGCCUGCCCUCUCCAGUGAUGUCACUGUGACCAUAGAUGUCACUGACCUGAAUGACAAUGCUCCGGUGUUCACUGAGCGCUCUUACAAAGCCACAGUCAGCGAAUUGGCCCCUCACGAUUACUUCGUCACCCAUGUCCAGGCGUCCGACGCCGACAGCUCAGACGCCGGCAGGCUUGAGUUUUCCAUCUUGUCUGGCAAUAAGGACCAGAACUUUGCCAUGGAUAAAAACACUGGGGCCAUCGUCAUCUCCAACCACCGCAAACUACAGAUGGAGCCACUGUACAACCUCAAUGUGUCUGUGUCAGAUGGUGUAUUCAGGACCUCGGCCAUGGUCAAAGUCAUAGUCAACGGUGCCAACUUCCACAACCCCACUUUCCCCCAGCUCGAUUACGUAGUUGAACUCACUGAGAACUCGCCGGUCGGAACGUUAGUUGCUGAGGCCAAAGCCACAGAUAAAGACGCUGGCACAUACGGGAGCCUAACUUACCACAUCAUCAACGAUUUUGCCAAAGACAAGUUUUCUGUCAAUGAAAAUGGAGAGAUUUUCACCCUGGAGAUCCUAGACCGCGAGAACGCCAUUGAGAAGGUCAUCCCCAUAUCGCUCAUGGCAAAGGACGGUGGCGGCAAAGUAGGCUUCUGCAUUAUUAAUGUGAUUUUGACAGAUAUCAAUGACAAUGCCCCACAAUUCAGGGCAGUGGAGUACAAAGCCAAUGUAGCAUCGGACGUCCCCAGGGGAACCACCGUGGUGAAAAUCGCUGCGUCAGACAUGGAUGAGGGAAGCAACGCCGACAUCGCUUACACUAUCGAAGCCGAUGUGGAAAACGUGGAGGAGAACUUCGAAAUCCACCCCUUCAGUGGAGUCAUUGUCACCAAAGAGAGCCUCAUCGGACUCGAAAACAACCUCUACGCUUUCUACGUUAGGGCAAAGGAUGCUGGGAGUCCUUCCAAGCAAUCCGUCGUCCGCGUUUAUAUCAGGAUAGUGGCCCCUGAGGUACCGGUCCCCAAGUUUGCAGAGCCACACUACCGGUUCACCAUCGCCGAAGACAUGCCCAUCGGCACGGAUAUUGACGUCAUCCAGGCGGAGAGCGAACAACCGGUGUUCUACAGCCUAGUGAAAGGCAACACCCCGGAGAGUAACCAGAAUGAGGUCUUUGUGGUGGAUCGGGACACUGGGGCCCUGAAGCUGGAGAAGAGUAUGGACCACGAGACCACAAAGUGGUACCAGCUCACGCUGCAAGCCCAGAGCCAACAGGAGGGCUACGAAACGGUGGCGUUUGUCAACAUCAACAUCCAAGUCAAGGACCUCAAUGACAACAAGCCUGUGUUUGAGUCGGACCCGUAUGAGGCGGUGGUGGUGGAGAACCUUCCAGAUGGCACGCCGGUGAUCCAGGUCAAAGCCACUGACCAGGACUCGGGCACCAACGGUCAAGUCAUCUACAGCCUGGACCCCAAACAAACUUUGGCUGAGAUCUCUGAGCUGUUUGCCGUCAACAGUGAGACAGGCUGGGUGACGACAUUGAAAGAGCUCGACCGCGAGAAGACCAGCAAGUACUCCAUUGUCGUGCUGGCCACAGACCGCGGAGACAAGGUGCAGCUGGUGACCAGCGCCACUGUGAAGGUUACUGUGGCCGACGUCAACGAUAACCCGCCGCGCUUCACUGCCGAGAUCUACAAGGGCACGGUGAGCGAAGACGACCGUCCGCCCAGUGGAGUCAUUGCCAUCCUGAGCACGACGGACGCCGACACGGAGGAGAUCAACAAACAAGUCAGCUACUUUAUCACAGGAGGCGACCCUCUAGGACAGUUUGCGAUCGAGCACCUCCAGAAUGAGUGGAAAGUGUCUGUCAGGAAGCCACUGGACCGCGAGGAGCGCGACAGUUACCUCUUAAAUAUCACCGCCACCGACGGCACCUUUUCUGCCAAGGCCGUGGUCGAGGUCAAAGUCCUGGACGCCAACGACAACAGCCCGGUUUGCGAGAAGUCCCUCUACACAGAGAGGGUCCCCGAGGACGUCCCAGCCGGCAGGCUCAUCCUGCAGGUCUCGGCCACGGACGCAGACAUCCGCUCCAACGCCCACAUCUCCUACGAGCUCCAGGGACCGGGAGCCGAGCUCUUCACCAUCGACCCCGACACAGGUGAACUGAAGACCCAGCAGCCCCUGGACCGCGAGGAGGAGGAGGAGUACCGCCUGACGGUGCGGGCACUAGACGGCGGCGGGCGCUACUGCGAGGUGGCCGUGCACCUGACAGUGGAGGACGUGAACGACAACGCGCCACAGUUCACCUCGGGCCCUUACGCCAUCACCGUCUUCGAGAACACGGAGGUCGGCACCUUCGUGGCGCGGCUGCUCGCCACCGACCUCGACACCGGCUUGAACGGCGACAUCCUCUACUCCCUCGCCGACUCGGCCGACGGCCACUUCUCCGUGGAUGAGCGUACCGGCGUCAUUGCCUUAAAAAAGCCCCUGGACCGCGAGGCGCGGGCUGUGUACGAGCUCAAAGCGCGCGCCUCCGACCGGGGCUCCCCGCGCCGCCUCUCGUCCCUCUCCCGCGUCACGGUCUCCGUGCUGGACAUCAACGACAACCCGCCCGUGUUCGAGCACCGCGAGUAUGUGGCGGGCGUUUCGGAGGACGUGGCGGUGGGCACGCAGUUGCUGCGGGUGCACGCCGCUAGCCGGGACAUUGAAGCCAACGGGGAGAUCGCCUAUGCCAUCGUGAGCGGGAACGAACACGGCAUGUUCAGUGUCGACCCUCAGACUGGUGACAUCUUCGUCAUCGAGCCGUUGGACUUCGAGGCGUCCCACGAGUACUACCUGACGGUGGAGGCCACGGACGGGGGCACGCCGCCGCUCAGCGACAUGGCCACGGUCAACAUCAACCUGACGGACGUCAACGACAACAGCCCCGCCUUCGGCCAGGCCACCUACGCCGCCGUGGUGGCCGAGGACGCCGAACCCGGCAAGACAGUGGUGGCGGUGAUGGCGGAGGAUGCAGACGGGCCAGCCUAUAACCACGUGCGUUACUCCAUCGUGGCAGGGAACCAGGGCAGUCCCUUCACCAUUGACCCAAUCAGAGGAGAGGUCAAAGUGGCACGCCAGCUAGACAGAGAGACGACAUCGGGGUACACCCUGACGGUGCUGGCGUCGGACAACGGCGUUCCGGCCCGCUCCAGCAGCGCCACGGUCAACGUCGACGUGUCUGACAUCAACGACAACCCGCCCCUCUUCUCCCCUGCCAACUACAGCCUCAUCAUCCAGGAGAAUCGUCCAAUGGGGACCAGCGUUGUCCAGCUCAUGGUGACCGACCGGGACGCCACGCACAAUGGGCCGCCGUUCGCCUUCGCCAUCGUCGACGGCAAUGAGGGGGGGGUGUUCGAGGUGAACCAACAGGGGGUGCUGCUGGUGGUGGAAGAGCUGAAGAGGAAGACCAAUGAGAACUACCUGCUGCAUGUCCAGGUGGCUGACAACGGCAAGCCCCAGCUCCUCUCCACGGCCUACAUCAGCAUCCGGGUCAUCGACGAGAGUGUCUACCCGCCCGCCGUCUUCCCGCUGGACAUCUACAUUUCUGUCGCCGGCGAGGAGUACCCCGGCGGCGUGCUCGGUAAAAUCCACGCCACCGACCAGGACAUUUACGACACGCUAACUUACAGUCUCGCACCUCCAUCAUCCCAGGAUAACGCCGAAGACGCUCUGUUCACCGUCUCCGCCGCGGACGGGAAAGUCAUCGCCCAGCGCCCGCUCGACGUGGGCCACUACCCGCUCAACAUCACCGUCACGGACGGGCGCUUUUCGGCGACGGCCGACGUGAACGUGCACGUGCGCCAAGUGACUCGGCAGGCGCUGGACAACUCCAUCGCCGUGCGUUUCGCCGGCAUCGCGCCCGAAGAGUUCGUCGGGGACUACUGGCGCACGUUCCAGCGGGCGUUGAGGAAUGUAGCAGGGGUGAGACGCAGCGAGGCCCAGCUGGUUAGUCUGCAGCCCUCCGAGCAGGGGACAGGAGACCUGGAUGUUCUACUGGUUCUGGAGAAGUCCGGGAGUCCCUACCAACCACAGGAGGUGGUCUUCCGCAAGCUCAACUCGUCUGCGGCGGUCAUCGAGGAAAUGACGGGCGUGCGCCUCGUGCGCGUGGUCAAGAAGCUGUGCGCCGGCCUGGACUGCCCGCUGCGCUUCUGCGACGAGGUCAUCAGCCUGGACAGGACCGCCAUGUCCACCUAUAGCACGGCCCGUCUCAGCUUCGUCACGCCACGACACCAGCGCACGGCUACCUGUCAAUGUGAAGGUGGCAAAUGUCCCACGGUGAACAAGCUGUGUGAUGCCAACCACUGCCCAGAGGGCAUGGAGUGUGUGGCAGACCGGAAGGAGGCCAAGUAUAGCUGUGUGUGUACAGAUGGUGCCAAGCAGGGCAAGUGCUCCGACGGCCAGUCCCUGACGUUCAGCGGGACGGGCUAUGUCAAGUACCGUCUGAUGGAGAAUGAGAACAAGGAGGAGAUGAAGCUGUCCCUCAGGCUGAGGACCUUCUCCAGCCACGCCACCGUCAUGUACGCCAAGGGCACCGACUACAGCAUCCUGGAGAUUGUGAAUGGCCGCCUGCAGUACAAGUUUGACUGUGGCAGUGGCCCUGGAAUCGUCUCUGUACACAGCACCCAGGUCAACGACGGUGACUGGCACGCGGUCACCCUCGAGGUGGAUGGCAACUACGCCAAGCUGGUCCUGGACCGCGUGCACGCCGCCUCGGGCACAGCGCCGGGUACUCUGCGCACACUCAACCUGGACAACAGCGUCUACUUCGGCGGGCAUGUGCGCCAGCACCCCUCUUCCACAGCCGGGCGCCACGGUCGCAGUUUGCCCCUCACCAAUGGGCUCCGAGGCUGCGUGGAAGCCAUCGUGCUCAACGGCCAAGAGCUGCCGCUCAACACCAAGGCGCGUGGCGCCCACGCCAUGCUGGAGGACGCGGUGGACGUGGCGCCCGGGUGCGUGCUGGCGCCCGCCACCGAGGGCUGCUCCAGCAACCCCUGUACCAACGGGGGCAGCUGCUCCUCACUGGCCAACGGAGGUUACUUCUGUAAGUGCAAGGCUUCGUUCAUGGGUACUCAUUGUGAGAUUGGCAUCAGCCCAUGUGCCUCCAACCCCUGCCUGUACGGGGGAACCUGCGUGCCACGCGGCGAUGACCUCCACUGCCAGUGCAGAGGGCAGUACUCGGGACAACGGUGCCAGGUGGGGCCGUACUGCACAGACAACCCCUGUAAAAACAGUGGGAAGUGCAUUGACAGCCUGGAUGGUCCUGUGUGUGAGUGUGAACAGGGAUUCCAGGGUGACAGGUGCCUUGGUGAUGUGGACGAGUGCCUGAAGAACCCGUGCUCCAACGGCGGCCAAUGCCAGAACACCUACGGCUCGUACACCUGCAACUGCUCCCUGGGCUACAUCGGGUGGCUAUGCGAACUCCGCUCCGAGGUCCGCAACGAGUUCAUCUCCACCUCCUGGAACAUCGGCCUUGAGGAAGUCAUCGGUAUUGUGGUCUUUGUGGCCGCCAUUUUCCUCCUGGUCGUCCUCUUCGUGGUCAUCCGCAAGAGGGCGUGCCGAAGAAAGUCCAAGUCUGACGACAACAAGCGCAGCCAGGGAGGCCUAGGAGCGCCGCACCCCUUCCUCCAGGGGCCCUACUUUGACGCAAAGCUCUGUAAGAACAUUUACUCUGACAUUCCGCCGCAGGUGCCUGUUCGGCCCAGCUCGUACACACCCAGCAUCCCCAGCGAUUCGCGCAACAACCUGGACCGCAACUCGUUUGAGGGCUCGGCCAUCCCCGAGCACCCCGAGUUCAGCACGUUCAACCCGGACACGAUGCACGGACACCGCAAGACGGUUGCUGUGUGCAGCGUGGCGCCCAACCUGCCUCCGCCGCCGCCCUCAAACUCGGUCUCCGACAGCGACUCCAUCCAGAAGCCCAGCUGGGACUACGAGUACGACGCUAAGGUAGUAGACUUGGAUCACUGUUUGACCAAGAAGCCAGUGGAGGACAGUGCCUGUCACUACAACACCAGGGGCAGUAUGUCUGAGGUCCAGUCCCUCAGCUCCUUCCAGUCCGAGUCCUGUGACGAUAACGCCUCCAUAGUGACGGUUAUCCACCUUGUCAACUCUGUUAUUGACUCGGUGGAAGGAGAAGAGUCUUUUUUGGCUCAUGAUCUCAAGAACCCAAGAGGCUAUCACUGGGACACCUCUGAUUGGAUGCCAAGUGUUCAACUUCCUGGAAUCCAGGAGUUCCCGCAGUAUGAGGUCGUGGAGUCCCCGGCGCCCCUGUACAGUGACCCAAACGCCAUCGAUACUGACUACUACCCCGGCGGCUACGACAUCGAGAGCGACUUCCCGCUGCCGCUAGAGGACUUCCCUGCCCACGAGGACCUGCCCCUGCCGCCCCUACCCGAGUAUGGCGACCGCUACGCCACCCUAGAACCACCCCGGAGGGACCUGGCGCCUCCUGGCAGCCCAGGUUCGAGUUCGGCCUCGGGGGUGCGCCACCGCCCACCGCUGCCCCAGCUCUAUAGCCUUAACCAGUACCUACCGCACCACCACUACCCCAGCGACGCUGAGGGCAGCCUGGGCCGGGGCAGCUCCACGGCCGCCACCAACUCCACCCCGACGUCCACCAUGGGCGGCGCCAGCAGCUACCGGGGCGGCUACCCCAUGGGGUACGGCCGGGGGGACUUUGAGGCGCCGGCGCUGGACAACAUGUCCAUGUCCCUGUACACAUCCACGGCCUCCUGCUCGGACAUGUCGGCGUGCUGCGAGGAGUCAGAGGUCAUGAUGAGCGACUAUGAGAGCGGUGACGAGGGACACUUUGAGCAGCUGGCCAUCCCCGCACUGGACUCCCAACAGCACACUGAAGUCUGACACUGGAUCCAAACAAAAGUGCCUGAACCCCCACCCCCCACCCCUCCAUCUCUACCUUAUGUUAACCCCCUCUACCCGUGUAUGUACACACUACAACUACACACAACACAAAGAGACACUACACUGACACAGACACACUUAUACAUACAGUGCCUUGCAAAAGUAUUUACCCCUCCCCCCCCUUGCCAUUUUUUCCUAUUUUGUUGCAUUACAACCUGAAAUUUAAAUAGAUUUUUAUUUGUAUUUCAUGUGAUGGACAUGCACAAAAUUGGUGAAGUGAAAUGAAAACAAUUACUUGUUUCAAAAAAAUUCAAAAAAAUGACAACCAGAAAAGUGGUGCAUGCAUAUGUAUUCACCCCCUAAAUAAGAUCUGGUGCAACCAAUUACCUUCAGAAGUCACAUAAUUAAUUAAAUAAAGUCCACCUGUGUGAAAGGUGUCACAUGAUCUGUCACAUGAUCUCAGUGUAUAUACACACCUGUUCUGAAAGGCCCCAGAGUCUACAACACCACUAAGCAAUGGGAACCACCGAGCAAGCGGCACCAUGAAGACCAAGGAGCUCUCCAAACAGGUCAGGGAGUGGAGAAGUACAGAUCAGGGUUGGGUUAAAAAAAAUAUCCAAAACCUUGAACAUCCUAUAGAGCACCAUUUAAAACCAUUAUUAAAAAAUGGAAAGAAUAUGGCACCACAACAAACCUGCCAAGAGAGGGCCGCCCACCAAAACUCACGGAGCAGGCAAGGAGGGCAUUCAUCAGAGAGGCAACAAAGAGAACAAAGAUAACCCUGAAGGAGCUGCAAUCAAAUGAUACAAACCACCAACAUCUAUUUUAAUUCCAGGUUGUAAGGCAACAAAAUAGGAAAAAUGCGAAGGGGGGUGACUACUUUCGUAAGACACUGUACACACAGAGAGCAAUGAAUUUGUUCACCUUAACAGGAGUAAUCGGGACUGGUCUUACUCUGAAGGCUGCUUGGCUGAGCGGCAGUGUCUUCAAGGAGAUACCAUUUAGCACUGGACCCCGUAGCCUCCUCUAUCUACUCAGUCCAAAUCCUGCAGUACUGGAAAAAUACCCGUGUUUGAGUUGGCUGUGCCAUUGCUUUAAGUAAAUGUCAAUUAUGCACAAGAAAUGUCUGACGGAAAAGUACAUUGAUGUACAACUACAAAGGAAAAAAGAAAACCAUUGACACCAUUAACAAUUAUGAUAAAUAAAACACCGAAUUCAAGGUGAUAUCUGUAUUUGUAGAGGUAAAACAGUGCAAACGGAUUUUUGAUACAAAUCCUCGUUCAUUUUCAAUGUAAAUUUAAAUGUACAGUUUUGAUUUCAAGGUUUACUAGGUUUUGUAGAUAUUUCAUGCUUUUGUUCCCCCCCCCCCAAAAAAAAAAACACAA